GGCAAACUUUGUUACAGAAGCGGAAAGCACUUGCGGAAGCAGUUUUGGAGCGACUCGUUCUGUGGUUACAUCAGCAAAUGCAGGAUGCCUGUAAGGAGUGUAAAGCCAUCAGUAAACAGCUGUUUGAGAAGCCCAGCAGCAUUGAGGAGCUCACAGAGCAGAGAGAAUGGAUGAAACAAAUCCCUGAGCAGCUCAAAGUGCAUGAGGAGAGUUUAUUCAAAGCUUUGUCUGACUAUGAUCUAGUAGACGAGUUCUUCUACCAUUUCUCUGAUGAGGAUGUCAAUGAGAAGUGGACAGCAAUGUUCUUUCCCUGGAAGAUCAUGAGUCAGAUGGAGACAGUGAGAGCCCAGCAUUCUGAGGAUGAGGAACGCUUCUACAAGAUCCAGUUGGUCGACCAAAACAACUUCCUGGAACGCUUGAGCGAACUGCAGAUGGUGGUGGCUGGACUUGCUGCUCACACAAACAUCGAGCGAGCGCACGAGGUGGCAAACAAGGUGCGGCGAGUGAGCAAGCAGCUGAAAGAGUGUGAAGAGAUGGCACAACUUUACAACAACCGAGAACGACUUUUUGGCAAACCCCUCUCUACUUACACUGAGUUACAGAGGCUGAACCAAGAGUUUCAGCCAUUUCACGACAUGUGGAGGAUGGCAUCUGAUUGGCUGCGCUGGCAUGAAAGCUGGCUCAGUGACCCGCUGUCAGCCGUCAACCCCGAGCAGCUGGAGCAGAAUGUCAAUGAUGCUUACCAGACUAUGCACCAGUGCAUCCAACAGUUUAAAGACAUUCCUGCCUGUCAGGCAGUGGCAUCUGAAAUCCAGGCCAAGAUUGAAGAGUUCCGUCCCUUCAUUCCUCUGAUCCGGGGCCUGAGAAAGCUUGGCACGCAGAGCCGCCACUGGGAACUUCUGUCUGAACGUAUCAACGUGGACGUGAUGCCUAAAGCAAACCUCACCUUUUCCCAUUGUCUGGAGCUCGGCCUGCAAGCCCAUGUGGAGGAAAUCACCCGCAUGGCUCAGGAGGAUGGAAAAGAAUAUGAGUGCCAGGAAUAAACAUUUUGUUAAGGGGCAAUAUUUGCCCCUUGGAGUUCAUUUUAAGGGGUAUUUUUUUACAUCUAUGAGGGCAUAUACUUCUAGUCUUCUAAAAUAACAGUGUCAUCCAUUUAUGUCAGAUAAUUUGUCAGUUUAGAUUAAUCAUAUCAUGGAAAUAAAUUCUCUUUCUGAGCACACAUGCUUGUUACCUAUAAAAUUAAACCAACCUUGAAUGCAAAAAUAUCUGUAAAGAUUUCAAAACAAUGUAAACCUGCUGCUUGGAUACAUCAUCAUUAGCUGGUUGGCGCUCACUGAGCCCAGAGGUGGAGCUGCACUGUGGGGCCCACUGAACCCAGAGGUGGAGCUGCAUUGUGGGGCCCACUGAGCCCAGAGGUGGAGCUGCACUGUGGGGCCCACUGAGCCCAGAGGUGGAGCUGCACUGUGGGGCCCACUGAACCCAGAGGUGGAGCUGCACUGUGGGGCUCACUGAGCCCUGAGAUGGAGCUGCACUGUGGGGCUCACUGAGCCCUGAGAUGGAGCUGCACUGUGAGGCCCACUGAGCCCACAGGUGGAGUUACAGUGUGAGGCCCACUGAGCCCAGAGGUGGAGCUACACUGUGAGGCCCACUGAACCCAGAGGUGGAGCUGCACUGUGGGGCCCACUGAACCCAGAUGUGGAGCUGCACUGUGGGGCUCACUGAGCCCUGAGAUGGACCUGCAAUGUGAGGCCCACUGAGCCCACAGGUGGAGCUGCACUGUGAGGCCCACUGAGCCCAGAGGUGGAGCUACACUGUGAGGCCCACUGAGCCCAGAGGUGGAGCUACACUGUUAGGCCCACUGAGCUCAGAGGCUGUUUCUGGCCUUGGAGUUGUUUUAUCAUCAUUUUUAAAUAUCCAGUGAACUAACCUCACAACUACAGAUCACAACAUUGUCUACAGUGACACUGAACUCAUAUUUAAUGUCACUUUUCUAGGCCUUAAAUAUAAUAUAAUAACAAACUACUGUAACAAUUUAAAAUGUUACAAAUUAAAACCAGCAGAGUUCAUUACAGUGACAUUUUUUGCUUAUCUUAUUGACCAUUUUUUUUCCUGAAAUUGAGGAAAGUAUAAAUUGCACAGGUACAGUAUGUCAUAUAAACAUCUGCUGUCCUCAUGCCUCUGCCGUAGACUCUGAACACCAUAGAGGAGAGGUGGUCAACAUGCCGUAUAAGGAGACGGCACAUUCAUCUUGAAGUGUC